AUGGAUAAAACUGAUGUUCCAAAUAGAAUUUGGAAGGAGGUCAUUGAUCCCUCAUCUCGGUCAAUUUAUUAUUGGAAUGUUUUAACGGGAGAAACGACCUGGCAGAACCCUUCACAUGACGAUGCUGUUUCUUUACCCUUCACUGAAAAAAUAUCUCACGAUUCCAAAGUGGUUAUAGAUAAGUUAACCCAUAAGGUGGAUAGAAUCAAGUUCUUUUUUGAUGAAAUAAAUUUAAUCCAUGAAGUUUGUGAUCAUCUUAGAAACGAAGAGAUAGGUUCUAUCAAGGAAUUGAUAGAGCAUUCAUUAGAUGGUUUGAAUCAACUCUUAGAAGUCGCCACACCUAAAACAAAAAGUUACAACAAGUUUCUAGAUUUAAAGAAGUUUUUAACGGAACAGAGGAGUUAUCUGAAAAACAAUUCAGAUGUAUCUGAUGAAGUGUUCGAUAGGAUAAAUGAUGUGUCAGAAGAGAUUGAAAGGAACUUGGAAACUAUCAAGAAAUUUGACGUUAACAAUGACCACCUCUUGGACGGGUAUAAAGUGUACAUGGAGAAGAGAAAGCUUGAGCCAAUAAAUCAACCUGAUUUAUCGAUUGAUAAUGAAAAAAAGGUUUCACCUAAUCAGAAUUUGGAUUAUAGUAACUCUAAAGAUGUAAAGGUUGAUAAAAAAAGCAUUCUUAAGUCCAUUCAUGAAAGGUGGAAUAGGGCAUCUGAAAUCAUCGAUGAACCUGAUAGCGAAGAUGUUAGAGUUGAGUACAAGAAAACAAAGGGUUUUAGCUUUGUCAACACUGAUGAGGAUAAUCCUAAUCUGGUGCCAAUAUCUAAGCCUUGGUACGAGAAAGACGAUUAA